AUGCACCCCCGACGCACCCUCAACGCACCCACAAUGCACCCUCGACGCACCCCCGACGCACCCCCGACGCACCCUCGACGCACCCUUGACGCACCCUCUAUGCAACCUCAACGCACCCUCAACGCACCCUCGGCGCACCCUCGACGCACCCCCGACGCACCCUCGGCGCACCCUCGACGCACCCCCGACGCACCCCCGACGCACCCUCGACGCACCCCCGACGCACCCUCGACGCACCCUCGACGCACCCUCGACGCACCCUCGAUGCACCCCCUGACGCACCCUCAACGCACCCUCGACGCACCCUCAACGCACCCUCAAAGCACCCACAACGCACCCUCAAAGCACCCACAACGCACCCUCAACGCACCCACGACGCACCCACGACGCACCCUCGACGCACCCUCUACGCAGCCUCAACGCACCCUCGACGCACCCUCGACGCACCCCCAACGCACCCUCUACGCAACCUCAACGCACCCUCAACGCACCCUCUACGCACCCCUGACGCACCCUCAACGCACCCUCGACGCACCCUCUACGCAACCUCAACGCACCCUCAACGCACCCACGACGCACCCCCGACGCACCCUCAACGCACCCUCGACGCACCCUCAACGCACCCUCGACGCACCCUCUACGCAGCCUCAACGCACCCUCGACGCACCCUCGACGCACCCUCGACGCACCCUCGACGCACCCUCGACGCACCCCCAACGCACCCUCUACGCAACCUCAACGCACCCUCAACGCACCCACAACGCACCCCCGGCGCACCCUCAACGCACCCUCUACGCACCCCCGACGCACCCUCAACGCACCCUCAACGCACCCUCGACGCACCCUCUACGCAACCUCAACGCACCCUCAACGCACCCACGACGCACCCCCGACGCACCCUCAACGCACCCUCGACGCACCCUUGACGCACCCUCGACGCACCCUCGACGCACCCUCGACGCACCCUCGACGCACCCCCGACGCACCCUCAACGCACCCUCAACGCACCUCUCGACGCACCCUCUACGCAACCUCAACGCACCCUCGACGCACCCCCAACGCACCCCCGACGCACCCUCAACGCACCCUCGACGCACGCCCGACGCACCCUCAACGCACCCACAACGCACCCUCAACGCACCCCCGACGCACCCUCAACGCACCCACAACGCACCCUCAACGCACCCUCAACGCACCCACAACGCACCCUCAACGCACCCCCGACACACCCUCAACGCACCCACAACGCACCCUCGACGCACCCCCGACGCACCCUCAACGCACCCCCGACGCACCCUCAAUGCACCCCCGACCCACCCUCGACGCACCCUCAACGCACCCACGACGCACCCCCGACGCACCCACGACGCACCCUCGACGCACCCUCGACGCACCCCCGACGCACCCUCAACGCACCCCCGACGCACCCCCGACGCACCCCCGACGCACCCCCGACGCACCCCCGACGCACCCCCGACGCACCCCCGACGCACCCCCGACGCACCCCCGACGCACCCUCGACGCACCCUCAACGCACCCACGACGCACCCUCAACGCACCCUCGACGCACCCCCGACGCACCCUCAACGCACCCCCAACGCACCCCCGACGCACCCCCGACGCACCCCGACGCACCCCCGACGCACCCCCGACGCACCCUCGACGCACCCUCAACGCACCCACGACACACCCUCAACGCACCCUCAAAGCACCCACAACGCACCCUCGACGCACCCCCGACGCACCCUCAACGCACCCACAACGCACCCUCAACGCACCCUCAACGCACCCUCAAUGCACCCUCAACGCACCCUCUACGCACCCACGACGCACCCCCGACGCACCCUCAACGCACCCUCAACGCACCCACAACGCACCUACCAGGCCACCGAAAUUGCAUGCUCUGCGACAGUGGCCUGUGUGAGAGAAUUUGCUUUCGCUGCUUGGAGCUCUACUGUGAUCUGCUUCUGGGCGACAUGGAUUUCUGCGGGGCCUGUCCCUGCAGCUCAACAUUGA